CACACUCAUACACUCAUACACACACACACACGCACGCAUACGCGCACACGCGCGCGCGCUGACGUCUGAAGAACAAAACAACGCUCUUAUCAAAAUCCAAACUUCCUUUUUGGUCUAAAGAACAAAUCCACAGGAGGAGAAUCUCUCUCUCUCUCUCUCUCUCUCUCUCUCUGUGUGUCUCUCUCUCUCUGGUGCUGCACGACUGAUCCGCAGCAGCAGCAGCAGCAGUAGUAGUAGCAGGAGCAGUGUGUUGGUGCUGGUGCUGGUUCUCCCCCUGCAGCCCGGGUGGGCUUUAGGAGCGCGCUGGGAAGUCAUCAUGUGAAGAACAAACAAAAACAACAACAACAACAACAAAACAAGAAACAGAAGAAACCUUUGAUCUCGGACAAAAACAAACAAACAAGCAAACAGGGCUGGAGCGCGAGGAACCGAAAGUGUGAAGGGUGUGUGCGGUAUGUCCGUGGAUGAGCAGCCGGAGGGCCCGAUGUACGUGUAUGAGUCGACGGUGCACUGCUCCAACCUCCUGCUGGGCCUGAACGAGCAGCGCGAGCGCGGUCUGCUCUGCGAUGUCACCGUGCAGGUGGAGGGCAAGCAGUUCCGUGCCCACCGUGCCGUGCUGGCAGCCUGCAGCGGGUACUUCCUGCAGGGCCUGGUGGCACACGGUGACAAAGAGCUCAUCCUCACCAUGCCCGAUGAGGUCACUGCCAGGGGCUUUGCUCCAUUGUUGCAGUUUGCCUACACAGCCAAGUUGCUGCUCAGCCGUGACAACAUCCAGGAAGUGAUACGCUGUGCCGACUUCCUGCGCAUGCACAACCUGGAGGAUUCCUGUUUCCGUUUCCUGGAGGCACAGCUGCGGAGUGAGGAAGAUGGGGCACUGCCCUGCCCAAAGGUGGCACCAGAGAGCAACCAUUCAGAAGAUGAGAACAUGCAAGCUGAGGCAUCGGCCCUGACAACGAAUGCACCAGCAACUUGGGCCGCUUCUCCACGCUCUCGCCGCCAUCCAGAUGCCCUCAAUGCUUUGCGGCGGCCAGGCCACGAGCGCCUGGUACCCAACGCUGACUUCCCAGAUGGCCAGUUGGACUCAGAUCAGCAGGUCUCCUCGGAUUUGCCACGCUGCCCCAAAUACAGGAAGUACCAGCAGGCUUGUAGUAAGCACAACACCAACGAGAGCUCCUCACAUACCAGUAGUACCUCAGGUUUCCCAAGCACAUUGCUCAGCGGGCCAGCUGUGACUCACAUCAAGCAGGAGCCGCAGGAGGGCGAGGACGAGCCCAUCACACUGGGUCUGUCAGGCGAUGAGGAUGACGGCAGGGAUAAGGACAAUGGCACGACCGACAUGGAGUUGGAUGGUAAUGGACUGCAUGGCCUCUUGAAGCGCGGCAUCUCGGACUUAUCCAACACUUCCCAGCAGCUUAACGCCAGCAGACUGGCCUGUGCCCAGGUCAAAGAAAGCACUCAGGGAGAGCACAAAAAGGACUACCGGCCUUCACAGGUGCCUGUGGCCUUCCCCAAAGAUGCUGACAACUUCUCCACGGGACUGUCUCUGAGGCCGGCAUCAUGUGAUGGUGUGUGUAAACAGGAAGGAGAGAUAGACCGGCGCAGUGUCAUCUUUUCAUCAGGAGCCUGUGAGCAGCUGCCCACACCUGCCCAUUCCUAUCCAGGCAGCAACUCCCAUGACAAGGAGCUGUCUGACCACCUACCCAAAGGACUGUGCUUUGGUGGCAGUCAGUCGCUGCCGAGCUCACAAAGUUUUUCUUCCGGUGCUGCUUCCGGCGAAGUGCCGACACUCCUCUGCCGCCAAAGGCCCAACACCAGCUGCCCUGUGCCCAUAAAGGUGUGCCCACGCUCACCGCCCUCCGAGACACGCACCCGCACCUCCAGCUCCUGCUCGUCGUAUUCCUAUGCCGAAGAUGGCAGCGGUGGCUCUCCCUGCAGCCUGCCACAGUUCGAGUUCUCCUCAUCACCCUGCUCCAACAUGACUCGUUGCAUGCCAACUGACCCUCCAGAACUGGUCCCUGGUACUGACGGGCUGUUCGGCCCAGCAAGGCCAAAAAUCAAAUGCGAGCAGGCGUAUGGAACCAACUCAAGCGACGAGUCUGGAUCCUUUUCUGAAGGAGAUGUUCAGGAGCAAGGAACAGAAAUCAAGCUCCCUUUUCCCGUAGAUCAAAUCACGAAUCUUCCACGCAACGACUUCCAGAUGAUGGUGAAGAUGCACAAGCUGACGUCAGAGCAGCUCGAGUUUAUUCAUGACGUGCGGCGACGGAGUAAAAACCGCAUCGCUGCCCAGCGCUGCCGGAAGAGGAAACUCGACUGCAUCCUCAACCUGGAGUGCGAGAUACGCAAACUGGUAUGUGAGAAGGAGAAGCUUCUCACCGAGAGGAAUCAGCUGAAGGCCUGCAUGGGCGAGCUGUGGGAGAAUUUCUCCUGCCUGUCUCAGGAGGUGUGCCGGGACGUCCCACUGAGCCCCGAGCAAGUCCAGUCUCUCCAUCACUACUGCCCCGUGUUACGACCCACCUCCGACCCCGCCUCUCCCGCCCACCCGCCGGCUCAGCCCGCCAGCAUCGACCUCACCAUCCGCUCCGGGGCCGGCACGCCCGAACCUGAAUUCCUCAACCCGCCCGCCGCAAACGACACGCACCAGACACCAGCAUCGUCCCAGUGUCACUUAGGGAACGGAGACGCGGAGGAGACGACGCCCGGCUCGGGUUACCUCAACACGGGCCGGUCUUUAGAACAGUCCAAUCAGACGGUGACGGUAGACUUCUGUCAGGAGAUGACCGAUAAAUGUACAACUGACGAACAGCCGAGAAAGGACUGUACCUAG